AUGUCGCAGAUGAGCAAAUUUAUUUCCGGAACCGACAUCCUAAAUCCCCUUGCCGACCCCCGUGCCCCCUGCGAAUCCGAGCUGGGGUGUUUCCGCGGUCGCUUUAUCUCGCCUCCACGCUAUAGAGCUGCUGCCGGUCGGCAGAAAAGCUCGUUACAUUUCGCAACGUUAAAGGGUCAUCUGAAUAGUGUAGAGUUAUUGUGUCGGCUAAAGUCUGGUCUUGGACCGGUCCGCCUAAUUAUGAAAGAACUGCUAGGGGUUCAACGUAAUUCCCACGAAUUAGCACCAUUAGCUAGUUUCGCGACGAAGAUCAUCUGA